GGUUUAGGAAAAUGAAAGUUGCUGUGAUUAUUAGUGGAAACCUGGUUUUCACUCUAGUGGAUGUUGUGGUCACCACAGUCUUGUAUGUUCAUGGAUCAAGUCUUGAUAUAUUUUCAGAUGAAUUAGAGGAAUUUGACAUACACCGCUCAACAGUGGACUUGUGGGGAACUGUUCUCAUACGGGCCAGUCUUCUUUUCGGGGCCUCCGUCGGGGUGUUCUAUAACAGGAGUGAUGGUCCACAAAGGGUUUCAAACAUGGGUACACUGGUUUCUCUCGUAUGCCUUACCAACAUGACUUAUGCUCUUGCCAAGUUGUUGAUGCUUUCUGAGGAGGGAGCUCUGAUGUAUGCCCCCUGGUUCCUAAGUUUGUUCUCCUGGACUUGCACAUCAGCAAUAGGCAUCAUGAUCUCAUGGAAGCUGCUGUCACAGACUCCCAAUGCUGUAUCUGAAAGAGAGGAUAGCGAGGAGACGGAGAGGCUGGUGGAUGGCAUCGAGACAGAAGAUGAGUCCAGUAAGAAGAGCAGGAAAUCUAGGAAAGAGCAUCCCCAUUCAGGGGCCACAAUUGGCCGUCUCUUGUCGUACUGUAAGAAGGACUCUGGUUUGCUGGCCAUUGCUUUCUUCUUUCUUCUCCUCUCUGCUGUGUGUGAAGCUUUUAUACCUUAUUACACGGGGCAAGCGAUAGAUGGCAUAGUUAUCCAGAAAAGCAUGGAUCAUUUCGCCAAACCAUUGAUUAAUCUCACUGUUUUGGCUUUGGUCAGCUCCAUAGGCACUGGGUUUCGUGGAGGUGUCUUUUCCGUCACCUUUGCCAGGUUAAACAUUCGACUUCGGAACCUUCUCUUUAGAUCACUAAUGCAUCAGGAGAUUGGGUUCUUUGAUGCCAACCAUACAGGUAAUGUUAUGGCUGUCUCUGAGUUGGCCUUGCAAGUAGCAAUCCUGUUUUAUGGAGGCCACCUAGUGGUGACAAAUCAGAUGAGCGGAGGGACCCUUAUUUCCUUUAUCAUCUAUGAGCUGGAGCUGGGAGAGGCCCUGGAGAGUAUAUCGUCAGUGUACACAGGUCUGAUGCAAGGCGUUGGCGCUGCAGAGAAAGUGUUUGAAUAUAUUGACAGGAAACCUAAACAUACCCUUGAUGGUCGAGAAACUCCAGAGACAUUAGAAGGGCAGGUGGAAUUCAAAAAUGUGACAUUUGCAUAUCCAACACGGCCAGAGAUGGAUAUAUUAAAGAAUGUAUCCUUCAGUCUUCGCCCAGGGCAAGUAACUGCACUGGUAGGGCCCUCUGGUGGUGGAAAAAGCUCCUGUGUGUGUUUGUUGGAGAACUUCUAUGCCCCUCAGCAAGGCCAAGUGCUAGUGGACGGCCGACCUGUGAAAACCUACCACCACAAAUAUUAUCACUCUAAGGUAGCACUGGUGAGCCAGGAGCCUGUUCUAUUUGCCCGCACUGUUCAGAUGAAUAUAUCCUAUGGUGUACCUGAAGCUCGCAUGGAAGCGGUCAUCAGAGCAGCCAUUAAUGCCAAUGCACAUGACUUCAUAACCAGCCUCUCCAAAGGCUAUGAAACUGGGGUUGGAGAGAAGGGCACUCAGCUGUCUGGUGGGCAAAAACAGAGAGUUGCCAUUGCUCGGGCUCUCAUCAGAAACCCUAGCAUUCUCAUUUUGGAUGAAGCCACAAGUGCACUGGAUUCAGAAAGCGAAUACAUAGUUCAGCAGGCUCUGAACAACUUAAUGCGAGAACGCACGGUUUUAGUGAUUGCCCACAGACUGAGCACAGUGGAAAGAGCAGACAACAUCCUAGUGAUCGACAAAGGCUGUGUGGUGGAGCAGGGCCCACAUGCAGAACUCAUGGCCAGGGGAGGCCUCUACUGUAAGCUGGUGCAGAGGCAGAUGGGGACUGAAAUAGAUGCAGAUGUUCACCACCCAUCACCAGCCCCACCAUGGGAGCUGAAGGAAGGAGAUAAGGAGAGUGCAGAGGACUGUAGCGACACUGAGCAUGAAGCACACUACUAAGACACUACUAAGAAGAGUUGAAAUGUGC